AUGUCAGGCGAAUGGUCGCGCGCUCUAGUAUCGUGGGUGGUCACCACAAUAGAAGAGUACGGGGUGUACACGAUGCUGCCUGCGCAGCAGCUCACCCCAAUCAGCCCCUGGCCACCCGACGGCAACCUCCUGGAUCGCAUGGACGAAUUGGCGCACAAAGGAGGCAGGCCGCUCCCGGACUCCACGCGGCAGAAGAUCGUAGAGCUGGCCCACUCCGGCGCGAGGCCGUGCGACAUCAGCCGGAUACUGCAGGUCUCCAACGGCUGCGUCUCCAAGAUACUCGGCAGGUCAGUCCAAAUGUUUACCGCCGCGGACCUGGAAAUUGGAACGAGGCCACUGCAGUACAGCUUCGCCUUGUUGGUGAUAAGUAGGUACUACGAGACGGGGUCCAUCAGGCCCCGCGCCAUCGGCGGCUCCAAGCCGCGGGUGGCGACAGCCGAAGUCGUCAGCAAGAUCGCCCAGUACAAGCGCGAGUGCCCCUCGAUCUUCGCGUGGGAGAUCAGGGACCGUCUACUCAGCGAAGGCGUGUGCACUUCGGAUAAUAUACCCAGUGUAAGUAAUCACCUCGGCACUAGCCUAUUAACUGAUAACCAUGCAUGC